AUGCCUUCGAUCUCUGUGACCGUCAUAUCAGAUCCCGUCUGUCCCUGGUGUUUCAUCGGCGCCCUCCGUUUAUCCCGCGCCAUAGCUCUCUAUCUCAAAACCGUCUCUUCAACCGACACUAUCACUACCAAAUGGCACGCUUACCAGCUGGAUCCCAAUACACCCCCACAACCCCUCAUCACCAAGAUAGCAUCGAAAUGGGGAGAGGACCAAGUCCCCUCAGUCAAAGCCCGUCUCAACGGUAUCGCCAAACAAGAGGGUGUGGAGUUCAACUUCAACUCUACGAUUGGAAAUACCAGAGAUGCGCAUCGGUUAGAGAAGCUGGGGCGCGUUAGGGGCAAGGAGACGGAGGUUGCGCUGGAGGUUAUGAGGAUGUAUUUUCUGGAUGGCGGAGAUAUCACUAGUAAGGAGGAUUUAGUGACCGCAGCGAUUAAGGCGGGCCUUGAGAGGGACGAAGCGCGAGUGUGGUUAGAUGGUGAUGAUGGGGGUGAGGAGGUUGAUAAUGAGGUUCGUGAGAUGCAAGAAAAGGGCAUAAGGGGCGUACCACGGUAUAUCAUCAAUGACAAGUAUAGCGUUGAUGGAGCGGAGGAAGUUGGAGAUAUUCUUGAGAAGCUCGUUAUGGCGAGAGAAGGCCUGCUUGCUAAGAAUUAG